GUUUAACGUCAUCAGAAAGAGUCUGUUAAACAACAGUGGCUUCUGGUUUACCAUGGCGUGGUGAACAGCGUUUUUGAAUUCCUGACCUUCAAAUUAUUACUUCAUCCAAACCUAAAGCUGGGUUUCUGAAAUCCACGCAACAUGUCCGCGAAACAGGCGUCUGUCCACGCGAAAUGGAUUAUUGGCCGGGUCAUCGGAACGAAGAUGCAGAAGACCGCGAAGGUGCGGGUGACCCGGCUGGUGCUCGACCCGUACCUCCUCAAGUACUACAACAAAAGAAAGACGUACUUUGCCCACGACCGCCUGGAGCAAUGCACCGUGGGAGACAUAGUCCUUCUGAAGGCCUUGCCGGAGAGGAGGACCAAACACGUUAAGCAUGAACUGGCAGACAUUGUGUACAAGGUGGGGAAUGUUGUAGACCCGCUGACGGGGAAGAGGGUGGCCGGCACCUCUUACCUGGAGCCCCUGUGGGAGGAUUCCCAGCCGUCGGCCGACUCCCUGACUGAGAAACUGCAGGAAUUAAACAUCACGGGCUCCGCAUCUCCAGAUCACUGAUCCCCCGGGUACAGCCGCUCCCUACCCACCCAUGCAGAAGAAAUGUUGCGUGACUUCAGUGUACUGAACCGUUUUGUGCUUUCUAUACAAGUCUUUGUCACCUGAUUUCAGCCCUCAAAACGGUGCAUUUACAGUGUGCCUGUUGCUCAGAACUGGGUAAAGACUUUUUGCCAUGGUGAUGAAACAUUCAGGUUUUUUUUUUUUUUUUUUUUUUUUCUUUAGCACCUUGUUCCAUGUAUAAACACAGUAAUAAAUCCAUUGGGUGCAAACAGUCCAUCUACAUGUUAACCGUUUAAUUUUUUUUAAAGCUGACUGUGGAAGUCUGUUGCUUCCCUAUGUAAAAUACAUAUUUUGUGAUGUAAUUACAAGUGUAGCUGCUGUGUAGACCUAAUUAACCUAAUUAACUGAUUGAAGGCUAUUGAUGGAAGCUGAUGUUGGCAUGAAGUCCUGAAUUGGAUACAUCCCUCUGGUACAGGCAUUGGUUGGUGGUUCAAAUCCAAGUGUAACCACAAUAAGAUCCGCACAGCCGUUGGGCCCUUGAGCAAGGCCCUUAACCCUGCAUUGCUCCAGGGGAGGAUUUUCUCCUGCUUAGUCUAAUCAACUGUAUGUCGCUCUGGAUAAGAGCGUCUGCCAAAUGCCAAUAAUGUAAUGUAAUGUACAGGGUUUCCCUCCCCUGCUUUAUUGACAUUUGGACUGUGUCAGAAAUGGCUUACUGGCCUAUUAUUGAGUUAAUAUGCUGAGUACACUCAAUGAGAAUGUGAAGUGGGCUUAGGGUUUUCUCUAAAUGGUAAAUGGUUGAUUAUAUAUAUAUAGCGCCUUUAUCCAAAGUGCUGUACUUGUUUGCCCCCCCCCCAAAUUAAGUAUACUUAAAGUAACUAGUAUACUUAAAAUCCCAGGAUGUUGUAUGUAAUUUCCAGGGUUUCGCUGAAUGUGGCCAUGUUCAAAGCGGCCUCCUAACUACGGUUGGCUUCAAAAUAUGUGCUCUGCUGCCUGUCUGACAUCCUCCGUGCCGUUUUCCACCGGUACUGCAGGAGUGCUGAGAGCUUCGCCCCUCAAAUAUAAAGCCCUGCCUCUUCCUCUCUGAUUUAUUGUUCUGUGAAUAGACCCAAAGUGCUCUUUCUCUCUGGAAAAACCUCCGGAAAAGUGUGUUCCUAAAUACACUCUGUGCAACCCUGACAAUAUGCAUAUCAUCUGGGGUUGUUAAGUAAACUACA